AUGUCAAACAAUAAUAGUAAUAAUUCAACACAUAAAUUAGUAAAUCUACCACAUAUUCUAUUAUCAAACAUUGUUGAUAAUCUAACAGAUAAUAUCGAUAAGAUUUGUUUUAGUUUAGUUUGUAAAAGAUGGUUUGACAAUAGAAAUAGAUAUCUAUUGUUUGAUACAUCUACUUUAUAUUGUAUCGAUAAACAUAGUUCAAGAAUCACUUUGAAUUCAUUUAGAUCUUUGAUAUUCGAAUCACUUAGCAAAAAGAAACAAUGUACUAUGUUUGUCGAUCCAGAAGCAAAUUAUUUUAAGCGUUAUGAUCAUUUAAUGGAUUAUGAUUCAAUUGAAAGUAUUGAUGAAAUAGAUCAAAAUAUAGUGGAAGUAAUAAUACGAAGCAGGGAAAUUAAAGACUCAGAUAAACUAAUGGCUCGACUCUAUGAUUUGAUUAGUAAAUCUAAUAUCACUAGUAUAAAGGAUUGUCACACAUUAAAGUAUGUUCCAGCGAAUAUCACCUCACUGGUGAUUGGUGUAGGUGUGUUACCUGAUACAUUGGAGAGUUUCGAGAUGUUUAAUAUCUACCAAAUAUUGGAGCCUGGAGUAUUACCAACAUCAUUGAAGAUUCUUAGAAUCUUGGGUCGUUCAGCACCUGAUAACUAUCUCAAAGUUGGAUCGUUACCACCGAAUCUACAGGAAUUCAUUCAUAAUGGCAGUGAUUUUAAUAUCGAUUCAAACGUUCUACCAAAUUCAUUGAUUACACUUGAGAAUGUUCCUGUGUCAUGGAUGAAGUCAAUCAAGCAACUCGAGAAUCUUAGAUCACUAAUGUUGGUAGGAAAUUCUGGUAGUUUAUUAGAUCUCAGUGAUCUACCUCAAUCACUGACAAGACUGGACAUUUCUAACUCAGUAAAGUUACAAUCAGCAUUGCCUACUUCAAUCAGACAUCUGAAUCUGGGCAAUUCAAAGUAUGACAUCGAUGAAUUGUUCCCGGAUCGAUCACUUUAUCAUUUUGAUUACCUACAGGUAGCGGGAUUCAAACAAGAAUCUCUUGAUGGCUUGAAUAUCAAGAGAUUAUGUCUCAAUAAUAAUUUCCCUUACACAGAGGAGAGAUCAGAUACACAUAGAGACAUUCCAUUUGGUGUUGAGACACUUGAGAUACUUUACCACAACAAGAUCAAUCAGAAAUCACUUCCAUCAUCAGUGAAAACACUGGUUGUUGACAAUAUGCAAAAUUUCAUACGCCCAGAAGAAGGAAUUCUCCCAGACUCUGUUCAAAACAUUGAAUUGAAACAACUUUUAUUUCCAACCACAAAAAUGGUUGACAACAUUUCAUUCAAAGUCGAUGAUUAUAAUAAGUGUUCGAUUCGAAAACUUGAUGAUCAAUAUUACAUCGUAUUUGGUCAUCAAAAUAAUAUCGGAUUCAUUGCAAGUCUAUUCCACAAAUCAAUGUUUUUAGACAAAGUUAAAGUUCUAAAAAUACUUACUUCUAAUCAUAAAUACUAA